AUGGCCGGGCGGGGCGCCGGCCGUGGCACCUCCCCGCCGGCGGGGCAGGGGGUGGGGGCUGAGAGGCGGCGGCGGCAGCAGCCCCAGCCGCAGCCCCAGCCCCAGCAUGCGCCGGCCGGCCCCGGCCCCGCGGCUGCCCCGCGGCGGCCGCCAAGGGCAGAGAGGCGGCAGCGGGCGGCCUGGAUGGAGCCGGCCCCGCGCCGCCGCCCCUCCGGGCGGCUCGUCUGCCCGCGGCGGUGGCGCCGGCGGCUGCGCGGGCGGCGGUGGGCGCUGGCGGCCGGGCUGCUGGGCGCCGCCGCCGCCCUCGCCCUCUACGCCCGCCUGCCGGAGCCGGCGGCCCCGCCGGCCUCUGCGGGAGGCCGGCUGGGCGGCGAGGUGAACGUGCUGCUGUGGUGGGAGCCCUUCGGCCGGCCGCGGCGCACGGCAGACUGCCUGCGGCGGUACAACAUCACCGGCUGCCGCCUCAGCGCCGACCGCAGCCGCUACGGCGAGGCGCAGGCCGUGCUCUUCCACCACCGCGACCUGGCACUGCACGGCGCCCAGGGGCUGCCCCGCGGGCCCCCGCCGCGGCCCCCGCGGCAGCUCUGGGUGUGGAUGAACUUCGAGUCGCCCUCACACUCCCCCGGGCUGCGGGGGCUGGCCGGCCUCUUCAACUGGACCAUGUCCUACCGGCGGGACUCGGAUAUCUUCGUGCCUUACGGCUACCUCUACGCCCCGCCGGCACCCCGGCCCUUCGUCCUGCCCCGCAAGACGCGGCUGGUGGCCUGGGUCAUCAGUAACUGGAACGAGGAGCAUGCGCGGGUGCGCUACUACAGGCAGCUGAAGGAGCACCUGGCCAUCGACGUGUACGGGGCACGGGGGCUGGCGCUGGCCAAGGGCGGCCUGGUGGAGACCGUCUCAGCCUACAAGUUCUACCUGGCCUUUGAGAACUCCCAGCACACCGACUACAUCACCGAGAAGCUCUGGAGAAAUGCCUUCGCAGCCAGCGCUGUGCCCGUCGUCCUUGGCCCCCGCAGGGCCAACUACGAGCGCUUCAUCCCCCCCGACUCCUUCAUCCACGUCGACGACUUCCCCAGCCCCCGGCUGCUGGCCACCUACCUGAAAUUCCUCGAUAAAAGCAAACCCAACUACAGGAGGUAUUUUGCCUGGAGGAAGAAGUACGAGGUCCAUGUCACCUCCUUCUGGGACGAGCAUUUCUGUAAGGUUUGCGAGGCCGUGAGGGCAGCUGGGGACCAAAUCAAGACUGUACGAAAUCUGGCUGGCUGGUUUGAAAGCUGAUGUUCCUGGCGGCUGAGGUUCACCAACCUCAGUGGACUGCGUCAAGGCAUAGGGAAGGAUGAGUCUCACCGAGAUCGUUAGCCAAGAAGGUGUGCAGGAGGCUGUCAUCAGUGAGAGAAGCGUAGAGGUAAACAAGCUGUGAAAAGCCCACAAAAGGAAGAUUUUUACUGAAGUGCAAAAUUGUGGAAAUACAAAGAAACAUCAGGCAAGGUGAUUCUUAAAGAGCAAAGUUAAAUUUCCAGAAGCUGUACAGAUCUGAAACCUUCACAGUUGUGCACAGCUCGACAUAAAUAACUGAUGCCAAGUUCUUCAGCUGCACAGCUGAAACCAAUUUUGCCAGCUGUGACAGCUUCCUGGACCAUGAAACUUUCUUCUGCGUACAGGGUGUACAUGAUCAGCGCUGGCUUUCUGUACUCCGAAGACAAAAGUGAAUAUAUUUAAGUGAUUAUUAGGCGCGUGAAGGCUGUUUGCAGACAAAUUCUGAGCCGCAAGUGUUGAAUGUAAGAAUGUAAUAAUACAGUAGCACUUUUUAGCAAUGCUUGAAAUGGCAGCAACCAACCAAUAACGCUUUGAACCAAAUAAUAAUUCCAUUUAGGAAAAAGUGUACGGAGAGGGCUGGAUCCGAGUGGAACAAACAGCUCAGAUGAUGUAGAGUAUUCCUUCCACCGGCCACCGAAACCAUAUCCUGUAUGAAGGUGGAGAAGAACUUUAAGUACAGAAAAAUACAGACUGUAGAAAAAAAGUUGGAACACUUCCACCCUCCUUUUAUUCAGGAAUUAGAAAAUGUUUACAGGAAUCUGCAUGUUUUUCUCUGCAAAAUUACUGCCAUAUAGGAAAAAAGCAGGGAAAGGCUCAGAACUACAGGGUUUGUAUUACUGUAUUGGACAGGUAUACAGAAAGGCUAACUUAUUUCUCUAGUAUUAGACUGCCCUGUUGUGUAGCGAUUGUUUUGGUUUAUGGCACGCGUUUUUAAAAAUUCUGGCAGGUGACAGACUUGUCAGAAUGCCACUUUGCUAUUUGUGAAAAUUUUUAUUACCAAAAAAACCCAGCCCCAACCCAAAACUCAAGUCCUAAAUCACGGCCUUUCAAAAAGAAAAUUACUGUAGAGAAUAAGGUCUAGGCUGUUGGUAAAAUACAGAUUGCGUGAGGAAAGAAUAUGAAAAGGGAAAGAUUUACUGGGUUGUUUUUUUCCUUUGAUUUUUGAGGGUUUUUUCCAGCUCAGUUUUUUAAUCAAUAAAUAGGUUCCCAAGAUAAAACUUCCUUCACUCAGUGCCUACCGGGAACAUUUACAGUAGUUAUUCCCUUCCAGGCUCUGCCAUUUUGCUGGAGUCUUCCUAGUAGUCAGUUUUUGGUUACUUUCUGGUUAUGUGUAAUCUUGCUUGGUGAAAUCCAGAAGGAAACUGGAGAAGAAAGUCAGUUGCAAAUAAAAGAUGGGGAUCAGAACAGGUGAGUUUAGUGGCAUUUGUGGUUAGAAAAGGAUUAGAUUUUUGAAGAGCAAUAAGGGAUGUUGGGUAGACGCUCUUUAGAUCUAUAAGCUAGACAUCCUAUUGUAAUUUUUUAUUUUAUUUAGAUGUUCCCUAUGAAUAGGUAAGCAUAGAGCUAAAGAUUACUGAAAAAGCGUUUCUCUGCCAUGGCUACCCAUAAAAUGGGUUUUGAUAACUUUAAAAAUUAAAUUUAAAAAAUAAAUUACAUUCAGAAUUGAAUUUUAAAUUAAAAAAAUUAAAUUUACAUAUAGCAUUAACAGUAAUAGCUACGUGUCGGGAUAAUAAAAUCUGUCUCUCCCUUUGAAUUGCCCUUUUUUUUUCUGUUUAGUUUUUAUGACGGUUCAUGUAAAUGUAUACAAAACCACAAUCUUAAAAUGGUGAACUAGUAUUUAAGAUUCCACUACUUUUUAUUAGCGUGCUGAAACUAGUGCAUUUUUUUCAGUCCUCCUAAUUUUUUUAGCAUUUUCUGAAAGUUGCCAGACAUACAAUUCUUCUGCGUAAUCAUUAGUAAUCAUCCACAGGCUACAGGAGCAUCAGAAUUUCCAAAGAUCGCAACCAAUAUUUUAUUCUCAGCCUCUCUAAGAAAAGCGGUUGAAAUCUUUGAUGAACAAGAGUUUUGUAAAAUUCAGAAGAGCUAUGCAAUAAAUAAAGCAUCAUGUUUGAAUAAGAUGUUCACAGUUGUGCUGCAUUUGUAAGUUAUGCAUUAAGUAUAUUCAAGAACUGUAUAAUGACAACUGCAGUAUUGUAAUUAUUGCAGAGCUCUUGCUUUGGGAGAGAAAAGAAGCUUUUUCUAGUUUCAUAGUCCUUGCGUCAGCAUUGCACACUUUUUCCCUUUAGGUUUGGGAGGAAGUUCAGCCCUGGUCUACAGCUGCUGAAGUCAGUAGCAUCUCUAUAAAUCCAGUUUGGUUUUUGGCUCACGCGCUCCGCAGGCUGUUAGCGUGGGACCGGGAGCUCAGGACUGGCUUUUGGAAUUCACUUUGUAGAGCCCAAGUUCAAAUGCGAAUAAAAAGUCUGAGCAAAUUGGAUUGUAGAUCAGGUACCCGACUCCACAAGAUAUUGCAGGUGAUGUAUAUAAUCCAUCUGUAAAAAUUAAGCAAACGUGUUUUCUAUUUUAAGUAGAGAAAACUAUUUUAAUGUCGUUCGAUAAAGUGUUUUAUUCCAUGCCUUAGAAUAUUGGGGUAGAGGGAGAGAAAGGAAGACCAUUUCCUUCUGUUUUUUAUAAGGAGAAGAAAUAAUAUUACUUUUUCAUUAUGGUACAAAUGGAACAGAGAAUUAUGUGAUCCUUUAAGUUACGUAUUGUAUCUCAGGGAAUUUUAUACUGUAAAGUCUCUUAACCUUCAUAGAAUGAAGUAACUUUGUAUUAAUUAUUUAGAUUGACACUCAAUAAAAUUAAAGGA